AUGGCUUUCGAAGAAGAAGUGAAAAAAGAAGAUCUCGCUCGUUUCGUGAGGUGGAAUAAGAAUCGACUCAUCGAGAUGUUGACGGAUGCGUCGGUUGACACAAAGGGUAUUGCCAUCCAGAGAGAGGUCGCAUCAAUCCUCGAAGCCGAUUUCAACACAAGUCUUAAACUUCUCCUUCUUGGGGGCAAAGGACCAAUCGGCCACGUCAACAAGCAACUGGUAAACUGGUAUAACCGAGCCUACGACAGGGCGCUAGUGAAGGUAUCAUACGAGACCUCCAGUUCCGCAGUUACCAGCAUUUACUUCGACAAACUCCAAGCUUUCGAAGCUUUCCUGAACCGCUGGGCUCAACGAGAGAUAAACUUCAUUCAAUGGGUGGACGAUAGGAAGACCGGCGUGAGAACCGUUUGGGAGGCGAAUCCAAAGAUCCGCGUUCUCAUCCAGGUCAUCAAGGACCAGGCGCUCGACUGGUGGAACCGGCGAACGAUGACGCCGGCUUUUUUGCGACAGUCGGCGGGCGGCAUCGUGGAAACGUUUUUCUCCGAACGACCUGAUGUGAUGAUCUUGGUCGAGGCUGUGAUCGCAUUCCCCAAGCUCAAGUACACGCAGGAGAUUGAAAUCGAGCGCGACGAAGUCGGCGAACUACUCGAGUUAGCACUUAGCUUCGUACCCGUAUUGGGGAGUGCGAUUUCUCUUUAUGAGGCGUGGGAAGGGAGAGAUCUCUCUGGAGUCAUGCUAAGCAACCUCGAGCGCGGAGUCCUAGUCGCUACGGUGUUGCUCCCUGCUGCCGGGCGUCUUUUCAAGGGGGGUAAGGCAGUUUACACCGAGGCCAGGCUGGCCAGGAUGUACGGGCGAUCCGAGGCAGAAUGGGGCAGGGCAAUCAGGCUCUCCGGCCAGGCGACCGAGCGACAAGGCGCUCUCAAAGUCCUUCAAGAAAGCGAGGAGGCCCUGCUCAAAAGUGGGAGGCUCGAGGCGACACUGGCCAAGGAGGUCAAGGGCGUUCUUCCUCAACUCACCAAGGCGGCCACGACUGCUUCCUCGCGCGUCUCCGUCGAGGUUAAGGCUGCUUGGGCGGUUUUGUCCCAGAAACAUCCGUCGCUUGCCGUUCUCGAUGAAAUUGCAUUGGAGCGUAUCAUCCAAAAAGGGGCGAACGAAUCCCACGUCAAAGGUCAACUUCUUGAGGAACUAAUGGAGGCACACAUCGUCCCACAACUACGGCAGAGAGAGGUCGGGUUUGCUCUAGGUGUCGCUGUGCCUGAGGGCAAGGUUCUGGAGUAUGUCCCCGGCCAUGCCAUCCGCAGCGCCUCGGAAAAAGUGCCGCUUCAAUUGACGGACGGCAUGGUCGGUUACCGCGACGGGAAUGUUUUCCAUAUUCUUGGCAUCUUCGAGGCCAAGGCCGGGAAGAAGGGGACAAGGGAGUUGCUCAUCGGCUCGAAGGAAUUGAGCCAAGGUGAAAGGCUCGAACUUAGGGCUUUUGCGAAUGAUACUUGGCGAGACGAGCGGAAUAUUGCAAAGAGGUUGGGAAAACCAUACACGAGAACGGUUCAGGAAGUGGAGGCAGAUCUCGCGAAACUCAAAGAUGGCGGGCAGCUCCAGCGUGACAUCGAAAGACUGUCGGCUAACGCGGACGGGUCCUUGGCAUCAAUCUUGAUCGACGGCAAUAUAGUUGACGUUAGCAUUUCACCAACCUCGACCAAGUUCUUCGGCAUCGUGCCAAAAGGAAAACGUAUCGACCUUCUUCAAUCUGCCGUCACGGCUGCCGGGUACAAAUUCGAGGCGAUUGCGGCGCCGAUCAAUAGUAAGGACUUGACAGCGUUGGCGAAGGAGCUCGCAGGAAUAGGUGCUGCAACCGCUGUAAAGCCACCUUAA